UCCCCCUGCGUGAUUCUCCAAGACGAUGUAGACCAGAUCAUUGCAGAGAGCCACAGCUUUCUAGACAUGCCUGCACGAUACAUAGACAGUGUAUAGAGAGAAUAGAAGUGAGUGGAAUGAACGGUGGUCGGCUAUAUAUCUCAUUCUGGGGAAACCUCUGCGCAUAUAAUACAUUUUCAUAUGCUGGUGCUAAAGUUAAACAGGAUAGUCGUAUAUUCUAUCUGUAUUUGGACAAAAAACACGACCUGAUAAUGGACAAAAAACGAAUGGAUGACAUACAACUUCAAGCUCGAGAUGAGAGUGAAUAGGCUGACGGUUGCAUUACCACAAAGACGCACUGUUUCAGAAGACUGAGAAGAGCUCCAGGAUACAGUAACUCAACUGAUGUAUUUGACCUUAAUUGUGAAAUUCACAGUUAUUAUUGUCACUGAAUAAUAUAUUCCUGAAACUACAAUAUAUUCAUGGGUUAGGUGUAAAAUAUGGAAUCAGUCAGCAUUUUAAGACUCAACAGGUUGACCACUGAAAAUUAAGAUGGCCCACCAUUUCCUAGCUAACAAAAUCUCUAUGCCAGACGACCCCAUCAGCAGAAACUCACCGAAAGUCCCAAGAAGCGCCAUGAAAAUGCCAACAUCAACCUCCGAGAAAGUCCCCACAGAGAAAUCCAACAACAACAAGAAGGACUGUAGCGUCGUCGUGACGACUGUCCCGUUAAUCAACGAGAUGCAGCUGACAGCGGCCACAGGUGGGGCGGAGAUGUCGUGCUACCGGUGCACAGUGCCAUUCGGCGUGGUGGUCCUCAUUGCCGGUAUUGUGGUAACUGCUGUGGCGUACAUGUUCAACUCACACGGCUCCACCAUCUCGGUGCUGGGGCUGGUUCUGCUAUCGGCCGGGCUGGCUCUACUGGGGUCCAGUGCCGGCUGUUGGAGGGUCCGGCUGGGGCGGAAGAAGGACCGGAGGAGGGAGAGUCAGACAGCCCUCAUGUCCAACCAUGGUGUCUGUGUGGUCUGAGCCCUGAGGGAGAUAGGGACUGUUAAAUGGAAGUUUGAACAAUUUGAAGUUUGAAUGAAGAGGUAAUGAGCAGAGACUACUAGAGAGAGAUGAGGGAUGUCAGAGGUGGUUGGGUAUGAAGGACUCACACAUUGUCCAAAACAGAUGCUUAGCUGAAGGACUAGAAUGUCCUAGAAAGACAAUAUGUACUGUAUGUAAGAUCCUAUCUGUAAGGACUAGAGUGGCCUACAAAGACUGGCAGGUAGACUAACAGUUAAAAGAGUGUUGAGACAGUAACCAAAAGGUUUCUGGUUUGAAUCCCUGAACUGACUAGAUGAAAAAUAUGUUGCUGUACCCUUUAGCAAAACAAGUACAACCCUAAUUACUCUUUUUUAUUUUUUUUAUUUAUUUUACUAGGCAAGUCAGUUAAGAACAAAUUCUUAUUUUCAAUGACGGCCUAGGAACUGUGGGUUAACUGCCUGUUCAGGGGCAGAACGACAGAUUUGUACCUUGUCAGCUCGGGGGUUUGAACAUGAAACCUUCCGGUUACUAGUCCAACGAUCUAACCACUAGGCUACCCUGCCGCCCACUCUGGAUAAGAAUGUCUGCUAAAUUACAAAAAAAUCAUGAAGAUGGAAUAACCAAAUUAUUGGAGAGGAAGGAUGGAGUAAGGUGAAUUUGCCCCUAGAUUCUGAUCUUCAGGCUUUUUUCAUUUUCCUCACUAAUGGUUAAGGUUAGGAUUGGGGUAGAGCAAGCUGAUCCUAGAUCUGUACUUAGAGGAAACUUCACCCUGGAGCAGAAAGGAUAGUUGCACGGAGGACCAUGAUUCUCCAUUCUACUAUACUCAUGCAUGUCAUGUGAUGCAUCUGUGACUCUAUGGCUGCUCAAUUGAUGUUUCAAGUGAACAUUUCAUAGGUACUUAAUGUUAUGUCUUAGAUAUGUAGACAGUAGCUGACUUUACAGGGUCAAAUCACCCUUUAUUACUGCGUAAAGUGAACCUAGGAAGUGAUUGACUAAAUUAAGUCAAUGUAUCUCUCAAGUUCGAUAUGCAUGAUUUUUUAUGCUUCCAAUGUACUUUUGUAACUGCCUAUUAUGCCUAUUAUUGAUUAAAUUGAUACAGUUUGUGCCAAAUGUACAGUUUUUCAUUGUUAGUAUAGUAAAAGACCAUAGCUGUGGCAAAGCAAGUUGUGGUUUCAUAUGUACCAUUGUACUCUGGUAAAGUUGUAUUUUCAUGAUAUUUAUGACAAAUCUGUUGAUAUAUAUUUGGAAUAUUUUUGCCACUACACGUAAGAUGUUAAAUCCAUGUGCCAAUAAAUCUGUCAAUCAACCAAUCAAAUUACA